AUGAGGCUCUGUAACUUGCUUAGUGAACGAUAUAUCAAACACCUGCAGAAGAGUCAAGAAAAGCAAUGUGAUGAUGGACAACUUGUGCGAAGUAUAGUUGAGCUUGGUCACAGUGCUGAUUUCUCUACCAUAUCCCAACUCACUGAGCAUAAUGCUUUUAAGGAAGAUCGAUGGGAUGACUUUAGUGCUGAACCCAUCAACACAGUGCUUGAGGAGGUUCUCCAGUGCAAGAGGAUGAAUAAGUUGGAGGUCUCUAAAAGUAUUUGGCUUUCAUUCUACUCAUUACCGUCCUUUUUGGUGCCUAAGCAAUUGUUCCAUGAUUCCCAAGUUUUGGGAUAUGUUUCUUCUGCUAAUACCCAUAAGGAUAGCCAGAAGAAAACAGGUGGCCAGAAUAAGGAGCCGUUCCGGCUUGCUUUGAACUCAACAGCAACCGAAGUGCCAAGUCUUUUGGCAGAAUCUCUUCGGCGAAUAUUUCAACAUGAUCUUUUUUCAGCCUUUAGUUAUCUCAGAGAGAAAAAUCCUGGUCAUCAAAUUGGGGGUAGUGGAAGUCAACCGUUCACACUUUCUCAGAAUUUUUGCACGACAUUCAAGUCUAUGUUUCCAGCCAACACUGGAAAGAGAGUUGCUAAAUUUUCAAGGUGGCUUCAUGAAAGGGAAAUUGAUCUUGAUAACGAAGAGUGUCCUACAGAUGAUUUGCAAUGCGGGGAUACCGUCUACUUGUUUGCAUUAGUAUCUUCAGGUGAAAUUUUUUCUCCCCGUCUUUGCCAGGAAGGUAUUGGAGAAGCUGAAGAGUCUUGUUUGAAACGUAGAGCUGAUGAUAAUGAAUCUUACGGUGGCAGUAAAUAUAAGAAACUUAAGUCUACAUCAGAAUGUGAGGUAGUUUCGCGUAGGGAAAAAUUUCCUGGCAUUAUGGUAUCUGUACAACGUGCUACAAUAUUAAUGGCUAGCUCUCUGGAGCUGUUCAAAGGAUGGCUUGCUAAUGGAACAAUCUGGGAUUCUAUGACAAGAUAUGCAAACGAAGUUAAUUUUUCCCAUACUGUUCUCGAACAGGGAAGUGUCAUUGAUCCUAAUGUCUUCGAGUUUUUGUAUGGUGCAAUUCAUAUAGCUGGUGAUCAAGGACUGAGCAUGAGAGAAAUUUCAGAUGUCGUAGAUAUGCCUGGGCUAACUACGCCAGAACUUCUUAUUGAAGUGCUGCACCUCCACCACCUGGCAGGUUAUGUGCCCAUAUUGCCUUGGAUUAAUGGAGAUGGAACUGUCAACAGACUUGUAUACAGGGCACUUGUCCGCGCGUCCCUCGGUAUUGUGAUGUUUAAUCCUGGGAUAUUGGAGGUACGAGCUUUCUUGGAGUUCUUUUCCUCCUUUACCAAACCUUGCCUUAGUUACUGCACUUCUUUUUUACUUCAGGAUGAGAUAAUUGGCCGAUUGGAUGUUCUAAACCCUCAGAGCUGUAGAAAAUUGUUAGAGCUGAUGGUUCUGGAUAAACACCUCAUUGUCAGGAAGAUGAAUCAAACUCUGGGCUCUGAGCCUCCUCGUGUCAUGAGGUCUCUUCUUGGUGACCAUUUCAGAAAAUCGAAGUUCAUCUGCCGUGAGCAUUUCUUUGCUAAUCCAAUGAGCGCGUCACUAUUAUGAUGAUGUUGUACUCCGUUGUAU